AUGACCGAGUUUGCGAGACGCAUGAAAAUUAAUGUGAAGAUUCCAAAUUGGUGGGACGACACCGAUCCUCUAAUGCAUUCGAGACCAACAACAAAUUUCAUUCCACCUUGGUUGGACAGUGGACCACUACCGCUUGGCCCUGGACCGGAGAUUUUUCCACCGAGUAGGUUGUGCAAAGUUAACUUGCUCUCUUCUAAAUCGUCAGGUUUAUUAUCUCGACAAAAUCCUUACUACAGUAGUAUUCAUUAG